CUCUUAAAUCAUCAGGCGAAGAAGAAAACCACAUCACACGUGAGAACCAUGCCGAAAUCAAAGAGAGACAAGAAAGUGUCUUUAACCAAAACAACCAAAAAGGGGUUGGAAGCUAAACAAAACCUAAUUGAAGAGCUGCGGAAAUGUGCAGACAUCUACAGAUACGUGUUUGUAUUCUCAGUAGAGAACAUGAGAAACAACAAACUAAAAGACAUCAGGACAGCCUGGAAACACAGCAGAUUUUUCUUGGGCAAAAAUAAUGUGAUGAUAAUUGCUUUAGGUAAAGGACCCACAGAUGAAUAUAAAGAUAAUCUGCACAAGGUGAGCAGGUUUCUAAGAGGUGAAGUUGGUGUUCUUUUCACAAACAAAACCAAAGAAGAGGUGAAAGAGUAUUUCAGUAACUUUAAAGAGGUGGAUUACGCCCGUGCGGGGAACCAAGCAACCAUGGCAGUGACACUGGAUGAGGGUCCGCUGGAGCAGUUUCCACACUCUAUGGAGCCUCAGCUGAGACAGCUGGGCCUUCCUACAGCUCUGAAGAAAGGUGUGGUUACGCUGAUAAAGGAUUUUGAAGUGUGUAAAGAUGGAGACACACUCACUCCUGAACAAGCUCGUAUUCUGAAAUUCUUUGGAAUCGAGAUGGCAGAAUUCAAAUUGUCCAUUAAAUGCAUGUGGAACUCUGAAACCGGUGACUUUGAGAAGCUGACGGAGGGUGAGGAGGAUGAAGGAAUAGAGGAAGAUGAUGGAGAUGGAAGUGAAUAAAACCUGGACUCAUGAAAUGGAAUUUUUACACAAACGUUUUCCCUUUUGUGUUCCAACAAAGAUGCACAUAAAGUGAAUUUUUUCAGCGAAUUCCCAUUUCUGUCGCAGUCGUGGGAAACUGUUCAAUUUAGUUUUGUGCAUUUGGUUGAGUUUGUAAACAAUCGUAUUCUGCAAUGUUCUACAGGAUUCUAUAACUACAGGAUGUUGUGUGACGUCAUUUUAUGACAGGAGUAAUUUUAUCU